AUGCAAAAAGAUGAUAAAGAGACAAAUACCAAGGACGCAGAGAUAGAUUCAUAUGAAGGAGAAGGAAAGACAGUUGAGGAAAAAGAAACAGAAAAGGAUAAAAAUGUAGAUCAUGGUUGGGCUUGGGUAGUUAUGGCAGCCCUUCCAGUGCUUACAAUUGGUCUUCGGUUUUUAUCAACCAGACAGUGUUUAAUGAUAGCUGGUGUUUUGUCCAGUGCAGCUUUUAUUGGUGGGAGCUUUGCAACCAACACAACAACAUUACUCUUCACAAAUGGGUUUUUAUCAGUUUUAGGUCUAGCGUUUUCAUUUUUACAUGGACCACUAGCUUAUUUGAUCGGCAUCUACUUUAUCAAACGGCGAAAUUUAGCCCAGGCAAUAACUAUAUCUGGUGGUCAGCUAGGAGGCCUACUUUUCCCUCCACUUUAUGGAUAUCUAAUCAGAAAGUAUGGAUUACAGGGUGGGAUGCUUCUUACUGGAGGAAUUCACCUAAAUAUCAUUGCAUUGGCAAUUCUGUUAAGGCCAAAAAGAAUCAACAUUAUUACGACAAUUCAAGGGAAACUAAACCGUCAGCAUUUUAGUACAUCCAAUAUAGCAGAAAGAAAACAGAUGAUUCAAAACAAUGAUGAUGAAAAAAUGAUGAAUUCAAAUGGAAUGUUCAAUGAAAUGAAACGAAGUUUUAGUGAAAGUCUUUUAAAAAAAAUUGUAAAACACGAGCCCGUCGCAAAUCAUAUACUGUGUAACUUAGAUCUGCAUUUGACCAAACAUAACAGAGAUCGAAUAAUAACUGAAAAAUAUGUCGACAGUUUGUCACGUUCCAACAUACUUAGUGUUGUAAGCAAUUCAUUGCCAGUCUUGAAGGUUACGAAUACAUCGCACAUUUUGAUAAAAGGGGAAGCGAAACAAACUUGCUGUCAAUUUGUAGAUGUUAGUUUGAUGAAAGCGCCAUUCAUGUGGAUUUAUGCGUUGGUUUAUUGCUUCGGGAGAGUGCCUAAUGCAUACAACAGUAUUUAUAUAGCGCCGCUUGCACACGAGGCAGGCAUUAGCAAUAGCAGAAUUGCAGAUCUUGUUUCGCUAAUUAAUGCAUGCGAUUUUAUUGGAAUGAUUUUAUGUGGUUUCGUAGCAGAUAGAAAACUUUUGAAAAACUAUGUCAUUGUCAUAUUGUCUUUGUGUUUCACUGGUGUGUGUUUGUCUCUCUCGUCAUUAUGUUCAGCAUAUUGGCAUUUUAUACUAUUUUCUAUAGCUACUGGUAUUAGUGCUGGGGGAAUAUUUGCAUUGACGCCAACAGUGGUGGCAGAUUUUAUGGGAAUAGAAAAUUUUAGAUCCGCUAUGGGUAUUCUAGUUCUAUUUCAAGGAGUAAGUUUGUCAGCUUCUGGACCAUUCCUUGGUAAGUUUAUUUAG